AAAGUAUAACAUUGUUAAAUAUAGUAUAAUUAAAAUUAUUUUUGAAAUGGAGAGACCAGACGAAAAGGGAUUUGUUCAAGUGAAUUGGCCAAGCAAGAGUAUUCCUCAUGGAGGAAUACUUCAUACUAAGGUUAUUGAACCAUCGACAGAGCAACAAAGGUUUCUUAAAGUUCUGCUUGAAGAAUCCAAGCUUACAAUAUCUCAGCGUCGGAAAGGUGCGUAUGUUUUGCGGCAAUACGACGAAGUUGCGCGUACAGAGAGAAGUGAAAAGCAACCAGUGGUGCGUCCUCGAACAUCGCGCCGAAGAUCUUUGUCCGCCAUUCGGGAGUCGGGAAUUUACAUCGUUGAUGAGUACCGACCCGUGAAAAGAGGCGAAGAUCGCGAAAAGCUAAAAGAGAAUCUCGUAUACCAAAUGGCUUACGGCGAUAAGGAGCAGAGAUCAGAGCCGCGGCCGCCACCGCGUCCAAAACACCAAACAAGAUUACCCACCAAGAAAGAACAGUGGAACGAUUUGGUAACACAAAUACGAGAGCGCGCAGAUUGGUUGGCGGAAAUGGAAUAUUUAGGACAAGGAGCUCAAUAUCGUGACCUUGUUAACGGCCAAAUAGCUGAAAGGAUGAGAGCAUUGGAUGCUUUGGGAAUCGACAGUGAGUGCUCUACCGCGAGAACCACUUCUUCGUCUUCAAGUACCCCACAGCCCACAAGCAAGCUAAGCGUGAAAUCUACAGUUAGCGCCGCCGGUUUAAGACAAUCAAGGAAAUCAACACGCUCUUAUCGAUUGCCUUCCAAAGGCUUAUUUAGGGAAGAGAAUGUUGCAGAUUAUGAAAAAUUGACACCAAUACAAUAUUCGCCAAGACGUCGAGUUUAAUACAAAAUCAAAGAAAUUAUGAUACUUAUUCUUAAUAUUAUGCUUCACAAUAUUUGGAAACAAAAAGGUAUUAUGUUUUAUUU